UAUUGUUUUUGACACGCCUAUCCGAGUCUAUACUGUUUUUUGCGUGUGUUUGUGUAUUUUUGAGUUAUUUCUGUGUAAAUUGUGUUAAAUUCUGUAAUUUAAUAAGUUAAGUUAUAAGUGUUCUAUCGAUAUAAGUGUAUUUUGGAAGUGAGCGCCGAAUAUAUCAGUACAAUGGCAACUCUAACGGAUCCGUACGGGACGACCGGUCAAUUGACUCUCAAGUGGGACCCCAAGAACUUGGAGAUAAGGACCAUGUCGGUGGAGAGGACCCUCGAGCCGUUGGUGUUGCAAGUUACCACACUCGUCAACAGCAAGGACAAGACGGCUAAGAAGAAGAGACCUGGCAAAUCGAAAAGGGCGAGUGCCCUUGUGGCGACAGUGGAGCGUGCUACUGAGAUCUUCAUAGAGCGUGGUCAGAUCAUAGCAUACGAGAACCCUGAGAUCACACAGGAGAUGCUGGCGGCGGUGGAGGAGGUCCGGAAAGCUGGUGCGGCCAUGAGCCUGGCUGCUCGCGAGUUCUCCGAGGAGCCGUGCGCUUCCUCCGUGCGCUCGGGCAUGGUCCGGGCCGCUCGCAGUCUGCUGUCCGCGGUCACUCGACUGCUCAUACUGGCGGACAUGGUGGAUGUACAUCUUCUGCUCACCAACCUUAGGACGGUGGAGAACGAUCUGGACAAGCUGAAGUCGGCGUCCUCUCAAUCGGAGCUGUUGGAAUCGGCUCGUCAGUUCGGCAGGUCGGCCAACGAGCUGGCGGCGCAGGCUGCCAGGAGACAGAAGGAGCUCAAGGAGCCGAGGAUGAAGGACGAGCUCGCGGCGGCCAGGGCAGUGCUCAAGAAACACUCCACUAUGCUACUCACUGCGUCCAAAGUGUACGUCCGUCACCCCGAGCUGGCCGCGGCCAAGGCCAACCGUGACUUCGUACUGCGCGCCGUGUGCUCCGCCGUGGACACCAUCUCGUGCGUGGCGCAAGGAAGACCGCUCCCGCCGGCCGGGUCAAACCGGGUGCCCGUGGAAGGUCCGGGGGAACUGGCCCAAGCCUUGGAUGACUUUGAUGAGCGGAUGGUGAUGGAGCCCAUGUCGUACUCCGAGCUGAGGACCAGGCCCUCGCUGGAGGAGCGUCUCGAGAGCAUCAUCUCCGGGGCGGCGCUGAUGGCGGACAGCUCCUGCACCAGGGACGAGCGCCGCGAGCGCAUCGUGGCGGAGUGCAACGCCGUGAGGCAAGCGCUGCAGGACCUGUUGCACGAGUACAUGAGUAACGCCGGCAGACAGGAACAGUCUGAGGGUCUGGAGCGAGCCCUGGAACAGAUGUGCCGCAAGACGAGGGACCUCCGGAGGCAGCUGAGGAAGGCCGUCGUGGACCACGUGUCCGACAGUUUCCUGGAGACGAACGUGCCGCUGCUGGUGCUGCUGGAGGCGGCCCGCGGCGGCAACGAGAAGGAGGUGGAGGAGUACGCGCUGGUGUUCACGGAACACGCCAACAAGCUGGUCGAGGUCGCUAACCUGGUGUGCUCCAUGUCCAACAACGAGGACGGGGUGAAGAUGGUGCGGCACGCCGCGGGACAGAUAGAGGCGCUGUGCCCUCAGGUGAUAAACGCGGGUAGGGUGCUCGCGGCCCGCUGCAGGUCGCGGGUGGCCCAGGAGAACGCGUCGGCCUUCGCCCGCGCCUGGGAGGCCGCGGUGCGUCUGCUCACAGACGCGGUGGACGACAUCACCACCAUCGACGACUUCCUCGCCGUCAGCGAGAACCACAUCCUGGAGGAUGUCAACAAGUGCGUGGUGGCGCUGCAGGAGGCCGACCCUGACGGACUCGAGAGGACCGCAGCCGCCAUACGGGGCAGGGCUACCAGGGUCUGCUCGGUGGUGACUCAGGAGAUGGACAACUACGAGCCCUGCAUAUACACCAAGAGAGUGUUGGAAGCCGUCACCGUGCUCAGAGACCAGGUGAUGUCCAAGUUCGCGGUCCGUGUGGACGCGGCCGUAUCAGCCCUCGGUGGAGGGGCGGGUUCUGGUUUGGACGAGAACGACUUCAUAGACGCGUCCCGUCUCGUUUAUGAUGCUGUUAGGGAGAUACGGCGAGCUGUCCUCAUGAACAGGACAAGCGACGAUCUGGACACCGACACGGAGUUUGAACCUGUCGAAGAUAUGACCAUGGAGACGAGGAGCAGAUCGAGCGCCCACACCGGAGAGCACGGGGUCGACGAAUAUCCGGACAUCAGUGGAAUAACGAACGCAAGAGAAGCCAUGCGGAAAAUGACAGAAGAAGAUAAGAGGAAGAUACUCCAGCAAGUGGAGUUGUUCAGACGGGAGAAGAUGACCUUCGACAACGAGGUCGCUAAGUGGGACGAUGCCGGAAACGACAUCAUAAUGUUGGCCAAACACAUGUGUAUGAUCAUGCUCGAAAUGACAGACUUCACCAGAGGCCGCGGUCCCUUGAAGACGACCAUGGACGUCAUUAACGCGGCCAAGAAGAUAUCGGAGGCUGGAACUAAACUGGACAAACUCACGAGAGAAAUAGCCGAACAGUGCCCGGAGUCGUCGACCAAACAGGAUUUGCUGGCCUACCUUCAGCGUAUAGCGCUCUACUGUCACCAGAUACAGAUCACCAGCAAGGUGAAGGCGGACGUUCAGAACAUAUCCGGCGAGCUGAUCGUUAGCGGGUUGGACAGCGCCACGUCUCUCAUACAAGCUGCCAAAAACCUGAUGAAUGCUGUGGUGCUGACGGUCAAGGCCUCGUACGUCGCCUCUACGAAAUACACCAGACAGGGCACUAUCGCCUCACCCAUAGUGGUGUGGAGGAUGAAGGCCCCGGAGAAGAAGCCGCUCAUAAGACCGGAGAAGCCGGAGGAGGUGCGCGCGAAGGUCAGGAGAGGGAGUCAGAAGAAACAACCCAGCCCCAUACACGCGCUCGCCGAGUUCCAGAGCCCAGCCGAGAGUGUGUGAUUUCACGCAAACGAAGAUAUUUUUUUAUUAUUAUUAUUAUUUAUCAAAAAUACGAACAAAUUAAUUAACAUGAUUCCUCACAAGAACAUUGUUUCCAAAACAAUUAGACUUUGUAAUAAAAUUUGUAUUCACAUCACUUGCCGCUGUUUGAGAAGAGACGAGAAAAUACUCAGAGGAAGUGUUUGGGAUGGAUUUAAUAUCAACGUAGAGUAAGCUUUUAUAUACGUAGGAGAAUAAUUACAAAUAUAUAUAUAUAUGUGUACUCUCUAAGACUUUUUUCCCAAAUAAAAAAUAAAGUUAUCUUAUACCUAACUGAAGAAAACAUUAAAAAAAAAUAAAAAAAUAUCGUACCUAUCCUUAAGUUUUGAAGUCAAUUUAAUGGAAAUUUUUUAAAGAAUAAUAUUUACUAGCGUUCGAUAGACGGCGGGUCGCGUUACGGGCGGGAGUGUUAUAGGUGUAAGGUCGGGGGGAGUUGUUUUUUUUUGUGAACAAAAAAAUUUUUUCCGGUCGUUUCGCUACUUUUUUUUAAAUUUUGUUCACAAAAAAAAAACGGGAAAAUAUUUAAUCGUAGAAGUAAAUUAAUGAGCGGCGACAGCUUCGUGGUGUUCAUUCUGAAUAAUAAAUGAGUAUGUAGGUAGUUGAGAAAGUUUUAAAUUUUACGUCUGAUAUCAUUCGCAAAUCUUCACUGGUAAUUGUUUGUAGCUCUUUCUAACCUGGGAGCGGUCUCAACUACUCUUGGCAAUCAUCUUAAUAUGUGUUAAUAUAUCUAUAUAUAUAUAUAUAUGAGUAUAUAAAAGUGAGAUUUAAAUACUUAUAUAUAUACAUAUAUAAGUUUGUAUCGCUCUAUUUACAUCAACACGAACUGGGAGUUACAUUCUGAACUCGACGUAGAACUAUUUAAGGUUUUUGUAGAGAUUUUAAAACUUUUCUAUGUAAUUGAUGAACAAUAAACGUAUUAAUCUAUGC